GAGCACGCGGGGCCACCGCGUAGAGAGCUCCGGCGGCGGUCGUGGUCCUGCGCGGCGGGCUCGUGGCCCUGGUUGCUCCUGCAGCUGCCUCAGCCCGGGCUGGAGCUGGGACGACCUGAUCUUGCUAGUUGGAUUGGGUAUCCUCCUCAGAGGUGACUUGGUCCUCGGAGCCUCAGAGUAGGAUUUUGCUAUAGAAGAAGUGGCCCUAAGGAACCCAUCGCAGUUACCAGUAUAGAGCACACCACCACAAGAGGCAACCAUGCCUGUGGAAGGAGGGAAAACUGAUAUGGAGAGGAUUGGCCUCUUCAGUGAGAUGGAAUAUGUCACUGUUGGUGAUAAAUACGUGUCACAAUUUAAUCGACCCUUUAAUGAAGCUGCAAGCAAAAAUAGACAGAUGCUACCUGGGGGAUCCAAAGAAAUGUCAAAUCUCCAGGCAGGUUAUUUUGAUCCCCAUUUUGUAAGGAUUUUUGAAGGUGAAGGCUACGUAAAUCUGAAUCAAGUGAGGAGAAGGCAUAUGAUGGAAGAAGCCAAAAAAAAUCUAGCCAAAGCCUUCCUCCCUAGUAGUGGAGAUAAGCAGCCAUGUGGAUUAGGAAGUUACUAUGGAACAAUAGGUGGACCAGUCCCAUUUUUCAGUGCACAGUCAAAACCCGAAGAAAAAUACGAGCCACCUGGAAAGAAUUUAUACACAAACCCAGGAAAGAAAGGAACCGGAUAUGGCUAUGCAAAUGUUACCAUAGGUAAGCAGUUUUCACACUCUGCUGAUUUCUAUGAUGCAGCAAAACUAAAUUACAAGAAAGAGAAUGAACAACACCGUCGUUUACUUAAAGGAACAGCUUUCAAAUUAAAUCUUUACCCAAGAGAAUAUUUUGAUACCAAUCCUUAUUUGUUUGAGAAAUCUUUACCACCAAUUAAAAAAGCAGAGAAGAAAGAAGCACUUGCAAACCCUUUUAAGCCCUCUUCUCCUGGUAAAAAGGCUGGUGGAAUGAAGGCAGGAACGUUCGCUCCUUACCCUUCACAUUCUGCUGACCCUUACGGGGUUAAGUUGACAAGCCAUGUUUCCAGCAAAAGUGCUAAGGUUUUCCAUCCACCAGGUGGACCAAAAAGCAGACCAACUGAAAGUAUAAUGACUUUGAAUGUCAGAAGGGCACUAAAUAUGAAGAACUACAAGACUGCUUCAGUACAGUCGUAUUAGCAUCUGGAAGACAAAUAGCCUUAUAGGGCCUGACUACCAAACAUUCAUUAUCAAGUGCUCAUUGAAAAAAUAUAAGAUAUUCUGGAUCAAAUAGCUCAAGCAUUUAAAAGAAAUAUAAGGCUUGUAACUCUAAUACUCUUCCUUCUUUUAGUACUAUUCCAUAAUGAAUAAAUAGUAUUUGUUAAUAAUUUAA